ACGUCACUUAUGAACAGAUCCAUCAUACCAAAUAAAGUUCGGAAGGUAGUGGUACAGAAUAAUGAUGUAGAUUUAAAUUUCAAAAAUUUAAUACCAACCACUACCACUACACAUAAUCAUAUGGUUUCUUUUUUUUUUACAACGUUCGAAUUAAAUUCAAUUUUUUCUGUGAUUUUCAAAAAUUCCAAAACAAAAACGAAAAAAAAAAAAACAACAAAAGUAACUUUAUCUCACACUAUUACCGUCAUAUAUUUAUUGUAAAGUACAUGAAUUAUUAUUGUUAUAUUGUCAACAAUCAUGGUACCAGCGAUGAAAAACAAAACAAAGGCCAAACGAUCGUCGAUUUCAAUGAUGAAAAAUGGUCGACUAUUUUGGCAGCAAAAAAAUCGUUCAAAUAUCUCAUUAAAUCAACAAUUUUAUCAAGAAUCUCAAAAUAAAACGCCAGUCGAUAAGAAUCAGCUACGAAAUUGGGGUUUACCCGAACCAAUAUUACAUCAUUAUGGCCAAAAGAGUAUAAGCCGUUUUUUUGACUGGCAAGUUGAAUGUCUUGAAUUACCGGGUGUACUGGAUGAUCAAAAAAAUCUUGUAUAUUCUGCGCCAACUAGUGCCGGUAAAACAAUGGUUGCCGAUAUUGUUCUAUUCAAAACAUUGUUGGAAAGACGUAAAAAAGCCAUAAUCAUAUUGCCAUUUGUAUCGAUAUCUGUGGAAAAAGUUCAAAGUUUAAAACAAGUAUUUCGACGCCUUGGUUUACGAAUAGAUUCUUUUGCGGGACAAACAAAUCCUCGUGGAGGUUUACAACGAGUCGAUGCAGCUGUAUGUACGAUAGAAAAGGCAAACAAUAUGGUCAACAGAUUGAUUGAAGAAAAAAAAAUUGCUGAAAUUGGCCUCAUUAUUGUUGAUGAAUUACAUAUGAUUGGUGACACAUCAAGAGGUUAUAUUCUCGAAUUAUUGUUAUCCAAAUUGAUACACAUGAAAUCAAAUCCUUUUGCUGAAGAUAUCGAUCUUCGUCAGUUACAAAUUAUCGGCAUGUCAGCAACAAUACCGAAUCUUAAUGAUAUCGCCAAAUGGUUAGAUGCUGAAUUUUUUGUUACCGAUUAUCGACCAGUACCGUUAAAUGAACAUGUUGUUGUUGGCAAUGAAAUUCUCAAAGUUUCGACAAAUUCAAUUCAACCAGACACACAGUUUAGUUCAUUACAAUCAACAGUUGUCUCAAGUGGUCUCAGUAAUAAUGACAACAAUGGAGAAAUCGAAUGUAUACCUUUAAAGACAAUUGAUUGUAAUCUAUUGAAAUUAAAUACAGCCUUUUCACAAUCGUUGAUUUACAUGGCCAUUGAAACAUUGGCUCAAGGUUUCUCUACAUUGAUUUUUUGUCCAACUCGUUCAAUGUGUGAAUCGAUGGCGAAAAGUAUCGCUUCCAAUAUAUUCAGCAUUGGCCAGAAAGAUCGAAUUCCACAGAAUGAUUUUGAACGUAAUAUUCGCAACAGUAUCCAUUCCGAUCAGAUCCUAUCCUAUCAACGAUCAGUUUCGCUUAUAAACACAUUGAAACGAUCAUCUUCUGGUUUUGAUCCAAAUCUUGAACGUGUAUUAAAAUUUGGUUGUGCAUUUCAUCAUGCCGGUAUGACAAUGGAAGAACGUGGUACAGUUGAACAAGGUUUUCGUGAUGGUACAUUAAGGAUACUUUGUUGUACAACAACACUUUCAGCCGGUGUUAAUCUACCAGCAAGACGUGUAAUGAUUACAUCACCAUUAGAUUAUUCAAAUAAGCUAUUGGCCGUUGGUAAUUAUCGUCAAAUGAUUGGCCGUGCGGGACGUAAAGGUAUCGAUACAUUGGGCGAAAGUUUUCUUUUCUGUGCUGACAAAGAUAUCAAUAUGGCUCGUCGGCUUAUUUCGACAAAAAUGCAAUCAAUUAAAUCAAAUCUUAUUACGAUACAAAAAUUGAAUAAUAACAAAUCAUCUGCGACAACUAGUGUGGAACAAAUUCCAACUUCUUCAAAUAUAAAAUGGCAACCAGUAUUAAAUGAUCAACUUUUACGUGCUGUACUUGAAGUCAUUGCAAAUGAAAUGGUCAAAAAUAUCGAUGAUAUUCACGUUUAUCUUGGCUGUACUUUUUUUCGUAAUUGUCCAUUAAAUUUAUUGGGAUCUCAAACAAAUAUGGAAAAAGAUGAAAUAAUUAAUGAAUGUAUACGAAUGGUAUUGGAUAAAUUAAAAACUUAUGAAUUCAUCUAUAUUCAUUCAUCUGAAGCGAAUAAUAGUGAAGAAAAAUCGGAUGAUUCACGAAUUAAUGUCACUGAUCUUGGUCGAGCUGUUAUAAGUUCAGGUGUAUCACCAUCUGAUGGCCAAUUCAUAUAUGAAGAAUUAAAACGUUUCCGAACAAAACUAUCAUUGUUGACUGAUUUACAUCUGGUAUAUCAAACUACACCAGUUUAUAUUAUAAAUCAGCUUCCCGAUAUUGAUUGGCAUCAUUAUUUAAAUCUUUAUGAACGAUGGGAUAAAAACACUAGGCAUAUAGCUAAAUUGAUUGGUAUAAGUGAACAUUUUAUCUGUAUUCAGGUAUCAACAUCUGGCAUGAAGACAUCUACACAAGCUCAAAUUCAUCGUCGUUUUUAUGCAAGUUUGGCUCUUUUUGAAUUGAUUGAAGAAGUGCCGAUGUGGAAAGUACAACAAAAAUAUAAUCUCGAUAAAGGAAUUCUUCAGUCAUUGCAACAACAAGCAUCCACUUUUGCCGGUAUGUUAUCAACAUUUUGUCAACGGCUAGAAUGGAAAACACUGGCCAAAUUAUUUGAAGAAUUUCAACCACGACUUUCAUUUGGUGUUCAACUUGACCUCAUUGAUUUAGUACGAAUUCCAUGUAUAAAUUCGAUGAUUGCUCGACAAUUGCAUAGUAAAGGUUAUGAAGAUAUUUCAUCGUUAAUACAAUUGAAACCGAAAGAUAUUGAAAUUGCAUUGAUGACAUCGAAAGAUUUAAUACCUGAUGGCAAUAAUGAUCCAAAUGAGGCACGAAUUUAUCUUUCCACAUUAGAUUGUACUAUAACAAUAGCCGAAUUAUCGAAAAUGAUAAUCAAAGAAGCCCGUAUGUUGAAAGAAAAAGAGAUUGGGCAAAAAAUUUCAUUCGAUAAUGAAAUUGAAAGUGGGUCUACAGUUAAUUCACCAGCUUCGAUCGUCAAUGAUGAUCUACCACCACCAGAACAAGAAAAAGAACAGGCAUUUUCCAAACCAACAUUAAAAAUUCAACGAAGUAAUGAAUCAAUGGAUAUGAUGGAACCAGACGGCAAUAAUAAACGAAUCAAAACUGAUCAUUCACUUACCAGCAAUGAUUAUAUUGAAGUUCCCAUUGAAGAAGAUUCUAGUUCAGGUUCAUCAUUGCCCAGUUCUUCCACACCAAAUGCUAAUAAACAACCACAAUCAAAUUCGAUACAACCAUCGUCACCGAAAUCAGAUACGUCAACAUUUUUCGAUGAUGAAGAUGAUGAUGAGCUACUUGAAGGAUUAUCAUUAAUUAUUUCGAAAACAAAAGAUGAUCAGGGAACAAAUAAAACCGUAAUGAUGCCGGAAUCAUCGAAAUCAUUAUCAAUGUCGACCAUGUCAAUAGAUGAAGAUAUUGAAUUAUUACAGAUGUUGGAACAGCAGGAGCAACAAGAUUCAUCUGAAGAUCCGGAAUCACAUUCACAAUCAUCAUCAGUGAAUACUAUUGAAAGUAAGGAUGAAGCAGACCGGUUUCUUCAAUCAUUAGCCGAUAAUGAAAUUAUUAAUCCACCAUUGUUGCAUGAAUCCAAUGUUACUGUGGAUAAUUUUGAAUUAAUCACAAUUGAAAAUGGCCAAAGUUGUCAAGAUUUUCUGGCAAGAAUCUUUCCUGAAAAUGAUAACAAUCAAAUAGUGGCAUUAUAUUUUCGUUUCGAACAACGGAAAAAUCAAAAUAAACAACGUACAAUGAUUGUAUUGAAACCAGGUGAUCAAUGUUUGUCCACACAACAACAACCAUCUGAUGAACCAUUAGGUUUUCGAUUACGAAAUUCAUCCGAUCUUUAUCUUGUUGGUUUAUAUGUAACCAAAUUGAAUCAAAAACAAAUAUACUACAUAAAUGGUCAUGAAGCAUUGGAAUUUUUACGACAAAAUUGGUUCACACAUUUGUCGAAUGUAGUUUUAGGUACAGAAUCGACAAAUACAAUACGUUUCGUAUGUCAUGAUGUUAAACAGGCUGUUCGAUGUUUUUAUGAUGUAUUUAAUUUUGAUUGGACAUUCAUAUCAUAUCGUAUCGAAUGGAAUGAUGCAACAGUAGCUACAUGGUUAUUAGAUCCGGAAUCACAACAAUAUAAUAUUGAUUCAAUUCGUAUAAAAGAUCUACCCAAAUGGGCAAUGAAUCAUCAAUUGGAUAUCGACUAUUUUAACCGUAUUGACAAGUAUCGUCAAAUUUUAAUCAAUACAAAACGUUAUCCAUUUGGUUGUCAAAGUCUACAAGAUGUUGAUUAUUUAUUGAAAAUUUUAAUUCUUUUCAAUCUUGUUUAUGGUUUAUUGAUACGAUUACGUGAACAAAAUCUUUAUAAAAGUUAUCGAUUAAUUGAAAUUCCAUCAAGAAUUUGUAUAUCAGUGAUGGAAUCAAAUCCAACAAAAGUUGAUCGUGAAUACAUGAAUCAAUUGGAAGAUACGAUUCAGGAUUUAAUUUCUCGAAUUGAAACGAAAAUCUUUGCAACAGUUGGUCGUUCAUUUAAUCUAAAUAGUCCUGAUCAAAUAGCCAAAAUUCUAUAUUCACAAGAAAUGGGUCUAAUAUCAUCAUAUUUUAAUGUUACUACUUCAAGUCCUGGUUCAAGUUCAAAACGUUUGUCAACGAAAACUUCAUUGCCCAAAAUAACGCCUGUAACGAGAAAACCAAGUACAAGCAAAAUGGCCUUAAUGCGUCUACAAGAAUCAGUUGGAAAAAAAUCACAUCUACCAACAAUGAUAAUUGAAUGGCGUCGAUUGAAUCAUGCCCUCACGAAUUCCAUAAUGACAAUCAAUCGACAUUGGCAUCUCCGAAAUAAUGAUUCAUUUAUCUAUGGUAAUUGCUGUGAAUGGACAGCAACUGGUCGUAUAGCAAUGUAUGAUCCAAAUCUUAUUAAUUUAGAUAAUGAUUUUGAAAUCAAAUCACAUCUGAAUGAUGCCAUCAAAAACGACGAUGUUAAAUCUACUUUAAUCCAUAUACGAAGAAUGAUUAUAUCACCUGAUAAUUAUGAAUUAGUAACAGCUGAUUAUUGCCAACUUGAAUUACGUAUUCUGGCACAUUUUUCUAAAGAUACUAAUCUCGUUAAAGUAUUGAAUAAUAUUGAUGUGGAUGUAUUCAAAUCAAUAGCUGCUAGUUGGAAACAAAUAUCCAUAGAUCAAGUAGAUUAUGAAACAAGACAACAAGCAAAACAAAUCUGUUAUGGAAUCAUUUAUGGUAUGGGUGAUGAAUCAUUGGCACAGAAAUUAGAAAUUACACGUGAAGAAGCUGCCGAAUAUAAACAAUCAUUUUUUCAACGAUAUAAUCGUUUAAAUGAAUUUAUAACGAAAACUAUUGAUAAUUGUCGACAAAAACGUUAUGUUGAAACGAUUGCCGGUCGUCGACGGCAAUUAUCGGCAAUAGUGUCGCCAAAAUCUGUUGAAUCAUCACGAGCAUGUAGACAAGCAUUGAAUACAAAAAUUCAAGGAUCAGCAGCUGAUAUCAUCAAAAUUGCAAUGAUUGCUGUACAGAAACAGAUCGAUCAACAAUGUUUUGAUGUACGUUUUGUAUUACAAAUGUAUGAUGAAUUAAUGUAUCAGGUACGACGAGAUCAACUUGAACAAUUUGGAUCAUGUUUAAAACGACAAAUGGAAAUGGUUGGCAAUUAUUUACGAGUGGUAUUGCCAGUAAAAAUAUCACAUGGACAAAAUUGGUCCGAAUUAGAACCACUGUUAUAAUCAAUUUUUUCUUUUACUUAUCAAUUAUUAUCAUCAACGAAUUUGCAUGUCUUGUUUUUA